CAGUGACGCCUUUACAGCGGGCGGGGACAUCCGCAGUAGUAAGAUAGCUAAUAACAUGGCGAAGACUUACGAUUACUUGUUUAAACUACUUUUAAUCGGUGAUUCAGGCGUGGGAAAGACCUGUGUGCUAUUCAGAUUUUCAGAAGAUGCCUUCAACUCAACGUUUAUCUCCACUAUAGGUAUUGACUUCAAGAUCAGAACAAUAGAAUUAGAUGGAAAGAAGAUCAAGCUACAGAUAUGGGAUACAGCAGGACAGGAGAGGUUCAGAACCAUCACAACAGCCUACUAUAGAGGAGCCAUGGGCAUCAUGUUAGUGUAUGACAUUACUAACGAGAAGUCCUUUGACAACAUCAAGAACUGGAUACGGAAUAUAGAAGAGCAUGCGUCAGCAGAUGUUGAGCGGAUGGUCCUUGGGAACAAAUGCGAUGUCAAUGACAAGCGACAGGUGUCCAAAGAAAGAGGAGAGAAGCUGGCGCUUGAGUAUGGUAUCAAGUUCAUGGAGACCAGCGCAAAGGCGAACAUCAAUGUGGAGAAUGCCUUCUUAACCCUCGCCAGAGACAUCAAAGCAAAAAUGGACAAGAAGCUGGAGGGCAACAACCCGCAGGGCAGCAAUCAAGGAGUAAAGAUUACAGAACAGCCCAAGAAGAGCAGUUUCUUCCGCUGCACGCUCCUGUGAGGAGACGGAGCGUUGGCAUCCACCAUCGCCUUAACUAUGUCCCCCACUGGACAGAACUGGACAGAGCACACUCUGAUCUCUCUUUUAUCUUUCUUCAUGUGUCUUCCUCCUUCUCAACUGCUCGACUGAUUGUCUUGUGCUUAUCUAUCGUAGCAAAAACAAAAGUUUAUUACUCCUGUGGAUUACCAGUCUUCCCCCGACAUCAGUGAAUUUAACUGCUGUGGCCUCUGUUACGUACUUCACCAGAUAUCUUUUUUUAAUUUUUUUUUUAUAGUUGUUACUUAGAUUGAAAGUUUCAACUUAAUCCUUAGAUUUUAUUGACUUUUAAACUGACUCCUUGUGAGACACUAUAAACGAACAAACCUUUACUGCCAAUAAUCUUUGCCUACAACGUAUUAUCUGUACAAUAGGUCAGAUGCCUCUGAGUUUUUUCACCUGUUAUCACUGUCACUUGGUGAGGUCUUAUUUUCUCAAUCCAUUUUGAUCAUUAACACCAAAAGCAGUCCGAACUACAACUGUCAGAUAAUGCGACCUGUGUCUCCAAGGUGACGAGACUACAGUCCCAGCUGAGUACUAGUUUCUGAGACUUGUACAACGUAUGUGUACCGACUGGGUGGCCUAAAUUUUUAUAUACACGCACUAUGUAACCACAACAUGUAAAUACAUUGUUGAUUGUGAAACAGAUUUUCCAGCACAUAUAUUACCCAUCAUAUCAACACUGAGGAUUUAUAUGUCCUCUGUUCGCCUUUUCUUCUCACGUCUUUCUGUGAUUUCUUAGGCUGAGACAUUCCACUCCUCUUGUGAACACUUUAAUGUGCAAUGUAAUGAAUAUGGAGCCUAGACUCUGUCUCUUAAGUAGUCACACAGUUGCAAUAAGGCUGGGUUUUUGUAUGCUUAUAUUAAGGGCACAAAGAUUCCUUUUGCUGUUGCUUUGCUUAUCUUUUUAGGUAUUGCAAUGUGUUGUUAGGAACAGCAAGAUGUGGUGGGUGUGGAGGAUUAUUUGAUACACUUCAGCUGGUGGAGUAGCAAUACCUAAACUUAACACCUGGAGGCAGCAGUUACCUAGCAGCACAAAAGGUAUCGCGGCAAUGAUAAAAUCAUUGUUUGAUGCAUAUAUAUGUCUUUCAGUUGGCAGUUCUAAUGGGGGAUUAUGAACACAACAGUUUUCUGGGCCUUGGAUAGGGGGUGUGCUGUAGCAGUAUUUAUGCAGUGACACAAAACAUAGCACCAAAAUGACAAAGUGCCCUUUUAUGUUCUUAUUGAUUAUGCACUUUCUUGUGUUCUUUCUGUAAAAAAGAA